UAAAGUGACUCACGGAUUAUAACAUUUUUUCUACAUAACUUAGUACGUGUCGAUAUCGUGUUACCAAAAGUGAGAAAACAAUUAUACAGUUUAUUAAUUAAUAUAUAAUAUUAGAUUCACUAUUCUAUAACUCGAAUUGUCAUUGACGAUAUACAAUUUUUGUAAUUUGUAAAUAAAUAUUCGCGUAACAGUAUAGUUAUUUUUCGGAAACUUUUAACUAGAAAAAGGACUGAAUAGAGGUUAAUUGAGCAAUGAAACAAUAAAAAAUGUGAGUGACAAAGCAUUAGACGUAAAUAAAUAACUACUUUUACAAAGAAUGUAUUACAACUAUAAUACUUAAGCGGAAUAAUCAAGUGGCCUUUCUGAGUUUCCUAGUGAAAAGUGACAAAUAAAGUGUUCCUUACAGAAACAGUGUUUGACUUACUGCGAGAUGGGUAAUCCAUUGACCUAGACCUUGUUUUAAGUGAUGAUGCAUGGAAUCGUAUAGUACGGAAACAUGAUAGAUGACACGACCUCUGCACAUCAUCGCCAGAACUCACUCGACUUAAAUCAUGCCGAGAAAACUGUUUCGCAUCAGCAGCAUCCAGGAGGAAGAAGAGGACAUGGGUCCGUACGAGAACCUCACCACGCUUCCAUCGAACCAUCUAGAUAAUCCUGUGGUAUCGAGGAACGGCAGAACAUCUGAUAUUUUUGCCAGGUUCCAGAUCGGAUCCAGUUGCGUGGAUAUACCAGCUACCUGUGUUGAUAAUGGUAAUGUACAGGGUGGUUUACGAUCAGUGGGCACCGAAGCUAGCUUGAAGACCGUUUCGACCAGUAACAGUUUGGCAGGGUACGAAGUGAGCUUCACGAGGCACGAAGGAUCUCGGGCAUGCGAAUGUUUCAGAAAGUCCUUCAGGUGCAACGCCACGAGGAAAUUGCGGCGCAGGGCCGUGUUCAAAAAUGGAGACUGCAACAUUCUCCACUCCAGAAUCUCGAAACGCGGACUGCGAUAUUUACAGGAUAUUUUUACUACUCUCGUCGAUUCUCAAUGGAGAUGGACGCUCACUAUUUUUGCCAUAGGAUUCUUAGGUUCCUGGUUGAUAUUCGCUUUGAUCUGGUGGCUAAUAGCCUUUACCCAUGGCGAUCUAGAGCCCGAUCAUUUGCCCGAAAACCAGGCUGAUUCGAGCUGGACCCCUUGUGUCCUAGGCAUUCAAGGUUUUACCUCUUGUUUCCUGUUUUCCAUUGAAACACAGCACACGAUUGGUUAUGGUGCCCGAACUACGACUGAAGAAUGUCCUGAGGCCAUCUUCAUUAUGUGCUUGCAGAGUAUCGCUGGAAUGAUUAUUCAAGCUUUCAUGGUGGGUAUAGUUUUCGCCAAAAUGACCCGUCCUAAAUUGAGAACACAAACACUGCAGUUCUCUAAAAAUGCCGUUAUAUGCCAAAGAGAUGGCCAACUGUGCCUUAUGUUCAGAGUGGGUGAUAUGAGGAAGAGUCACAUCAUAGGUGCGAGCAUUCGAGCUCAGCUCAUUAAGUCUAAGCUGACCAAAGAAGGCGAGUUGCUGACCAACUUCCAAACCGAACUAAAUGUCACUGCGGAUGGUUGUGAUGGUAACUUGUUCUUUAUUUGGCCUAUGACCAUAGUUCACAAAAUUGACGAAGAAUCUCCGUUCUAUCAUUUAUCAGCUAGUGACUUAUUGCAAGAGAAAUUUGAAAUAGUUGUUAUACUAGAAGGAACAAUUGAAAGUACUGGUCAAACCACUCAAGCUCGGUCCAGUUUCCUGGCUAGCGAGGUUCUGUGGGGACACAGAUUUGAACCAGUAGUGUCUUAUAACAAGGAGAGGCAGGGCUACGAAGUGAACUAUUCCCGAUUCGAUAAUACGGUGGCCGUGGAUACACCAUUAUGUUCUGGUGCCGAACUAUCUGAGUUUUAUCAGGUCAAAGAUGGUCCAGAUUCCGAGAAACGCCCAAUAUCACCGAACAAUCAGGAAUUUGUGCUGAAGUCUCCACCAAAGUCUUCGUCUAAGGCUUCUAUAUAUGGACACAAAGAUAUUCCAGACAUUGACGAUACUAGCGAAACUAGACCGUUUCCAACUGACGAUGUAUAGAUACCUAUACUAUUUUAUUUAUAUUUUCAGUAUUAUACAGUGUGACAAAAUUAGUGUGCUUUUAAAACGAAUUUUAUUGCAUAAUGUUGUUCGAUAUAUUUUUUAGUAAAUAUAAUUUAAUAAAAUACUGUUAUUACGAGUUUA